AAUCAUGAAUAGGGCUAUAAUCCAACCAUCCAACCAUUCUCGACAAAGCCAAGCACCAGAUUAAUACAUUGGUAAAAUCUACACCGCGGCGUCUCCAAACACCAACAAAACUGCUGCCUGAAACAGACAGACCCACUCACCCCUAAUCGGUGAGCCCACCGGGAGGUCAGCAUGCGCGGUAUGUGCAACGAAGGCCAUCCAAGCCACAAUGCUGCGAUGUGAACUGUACAAGCGGUAAGCAGCGACCUGUAUAUAAAGGCCUAGACUAGCCUGCAUCUUUCGAACUCUUCUUUCCCACCACACGAUCCCAAUCCAAAGCAAGGAAGCAAGAAAGCAAGAAAGAAAAAAAAUGUCCUUCCACCUCUCCAGCCACGACGUCCACAUCCGCGAGGAAAACGGCUCCACCAUGCUCCUCGCCCAAGUCCGCGACCACACAGGCAAGCUCUGCUCUCGCAAGAUCCGCUUAGACGACCACAUCGGUAACUCGGACGGAUACUUCAUCUGGGACGGAGCCAACUUCACCCGUUCAGCGAGGAACAUUGGGCUGGAGGCGUCGGAUCGUGGCCCGAAGCUGACGGCUGAUCUGGAGAUGCAUGGGGGUGGGACGAGAGGGCGUCAGGGCCUGUUUCUGGCGGAUAAGAUUGCGAAUGUGGAUGGACAUUUGAAGUUCUUGGGAGCUUGAGUGGGAGAUUAGGAAGUGGAGUGUAGGAAGUAGUAGCACUGAAGGGUUUAUAAUUGUUGUUUGAACGAAAU